CAACGAUCAGAGCAACCAUUGUCACAAAGUUGUCGCGAGUUGUGCCAUUCACUUGUUUCAAAAGUGCGAGGUUUAAAAAUGUUCACGCCGAUUUUUGCGCUUUUCCUGUCCUCCAUGGUUCUUGCUACCGACAUGAACUUGAACAGAACAGAUUUGAAAUGCGUGGGACAUGCUUUCCAUAAUGUGUCUCUUUCCGCAUAUUAUCCCGUGUUUGGGACAAACGACAAACGCAAUCACUUGGAUGAUCGAGGAAAAAUGUUGAAUACUCUCCAGGAUUAUCUUGAUGGCCGCACUCGUUACGUCACUGUCGCCGGUAAUUUAAGAUCCGGCAUUUCGUACGGAACGAGGAUAUGCAUAGAAAAAUUAAACGAGCGAUUCGGGAAACAAAUUUUCCUACAGAUAAGAGAUCAAAUUGAUUAUGAAAACAAUGACGUUGCAAAUGAUUUCUCGAGAUUGGAAAUUUGCGUCAGGACCGAGGAGGAUACUUAUGAUACUUACGUCAAUGAUAUUGUUACUAUUUAUGUAUAAUAAUCACAUACAGUAAAAAUUAUAUAUCUUUGUAUGU